UUCCCUAGGGCGGAGAGGAGAGUGGAUUCAGCGUCCAAGUCAACUCACAGUUGAUGCAAGAAAUUACAAUCUGUCAAACCUGGAGGAUUUACAAACUGUUUUUUUUUCUACUUCAGAAUACGAGGAUGGAAGACAUCAGCUGUCACCCAGCAAAUACAAGUGAGAGCACUUCAUUGCAAAAAGAAACAAGACACAUACAAUGUUCCUUUCUUCCCAGAGUGCUUCCCAGAGUGCUUAACUGAUUCAUGUCAAACAGGAAGCCCUCGGACGGCAAUGCUUUCUGCUUCAGGUCUGUUUGAGGGUGAAUGGGGUGACAGCAGAAGAGAGGGUAAUGGACUAGUACAGAGUGACAGGCUGCCAGGGAGCCGAGAGGAGGACAGGUGAGGAGUGGUGCUAUUGGAGCUUUAGCUGCUAGCGGAACGCUGUUAGUGUGGGAUGUUACGCUGGACAACCCACCUGGAAGGAGGGCCGCGGAGGGUGAACCAUGCUGCUGUCUCCGUGGGACACAAGGUGUUCUCCUUCGGAGGGUACUGCUCUGGAGAGGACUACGAGACGCUGAGACAGAUAGAUGUACACAUCUUUAACACAGUUUCUCUGCGGUGGAUGAAGUUGCCUCCAGUGAGAACAGGUGGUAGGGAACAUGCCAGGGAUGUCCCCUACAUGCGUUACGGUCACACAGCCGUGCUGCUGGACGAUACCAUCUACAUCUGGGGGGGUCGUAACGACACAGAGGGGGCCUGCAACGUCCUCUAUGCCUUUGACAUCAACAACCACCGGUGGUUCACCCCUAAGAUUUCUGGGACAGUUCCGGGGGCGAGGGAUGGCCACUCUGCCUGCAUCCUGGGGAAGGCCAUGUACAUCUUUGGAGGAUACGAGCAGCUGGCUGACUGCUUCUCCAAUGACAUCCACAAGCUGGACACCACAACCAUGGCCUGGUCACUAAUCAAUGCAAGGGGUACUCCAGCUCGUUGGAGGGACUUCCACUCUGCCACCAUCAUUGGCAAUAAGAUGUUUGUGUUUGGAGGCAGAGCAGAUCGCUUCGGUCCGUUCCACUCUAAUAAUGAGAUCUACUGCAACAAGAUAAAGGUGUUUGAUACAGAGACCAACAGCUGGCUGAACACUGCUACUGCUCAUCUCCCACCAGAGGGACGACGUAGCCACUCAGCCUUUUCUUGUAACGGGGACCUGUAUAUAUUCGGGGGCUACAACGCUCGUCUGGACCGACACUUCAACGACAUUUGGAAGUUCAACCCAGAGACGUUUUCGUGGAAGAAGGUAGAGCCGCAGGGUAAAGGUCCGUGCCCCAGGAGGAGACAGUGCUGUUGCAUGGUGGGAGAUCGGAUCAUCCUGUUUGGAGGAACCAGCCCAUGUCCAGAACAAGGGAUGGGAGAUGAGUUUAACCUCAUGGAUCAUUCUGACCUCUACAUACUAGACCUCAGUCCUAGUCUGAAGACAUUAUGCAAGCUAGCUGUUAUUAACUACAGUCUUGACCAGGGUGGUCUACCACACGACAUCAGGUGGGAGCUGAACGCCAUGACCACCAACAGUAACAUCAGCAGACCUAUCUUCUCCUCUCAUGGCUAAACUGACCCAGAACACCAGGGCUGAACUGACCCAGAGCUACCACAGUACCAGAACACCAGGGCUGAACUGACCCAGAGCUAGCUGGCUGUCAUAGUACCAGAAGAUGAUCCACCAUCUGAGCUGGCCUUUGACGCUACUAGAACCUGGCAGAGAACCCUACGGUCUGGCCUUAACCAACUGCACUUAGCUCCAGCAGUAUCAGGGCUGACUCCACCAGAACCUUAACUCUCUGAAGUCCUGUCUGUAAAACCAUGUUUCUGGUUGUCCGAGGUCUGGUUCUCUACCUGCCAGGGCUGUUUGAAUCUACUGGACCUGAAGACCUGGAGGCUGUCUGCCUGUCUGUUUUUACAGUAACAUUUUGAUCUGGUCUGGAUUGGAGUUUUCUUCUUCCUUGGUUUGUCUAUCUAUCUAUCGCUCUCUCUCGCUUCUCUUGUUGUCCUCCCUGGACACUAUCAGGAGGGGGUGAAUGGUGCAUUAGUAUCUGGGUUUGUGUUGCUCUCUUUCUCAAUGUGAAUAACCUUGAUCGUUUUACCAGUAUUACGACAAGCAGAACAUAUUCUCCACUCAACACUGAUUUCUCUUUCUUGAAAGAAUUGCAGAAGUGAAUGCUGACAUUUUGACAUUUAGUUUACAUGAUGACCAUGUAUUUAAAGGGGCACCCCUCCACCAUUGGUUUUGUUUAACAGCUCAUCAGGGAAGGGACAGAAGUUCUGAACUCAAAAUGUCCUGAGUGGAUAACUAACCUCCCUUCUCUCUGUGGAGGUGAAAUAUGUGUCAUCCCAUUGUAUCAGCUGAGAGAAUGCCUCUAGAAUGCAUCCGUCACAGCCAACCACCGUAGAACCCCAUACGGCUGUGCUGCUCACUGCUUACAGCUGACUCUAGAAGGUAGAAUAAGCUUAACAAAGUUAAAAGUUCCAUUCAUCUCCUGGUUAGUCUUUAACUGUCACUCGUGCAACAGGUGAAGAUUUUGGACCCACCACAUGGAGCCUGCCUGUUGAACAAACCUAGAAUACAACAUUGGGUGUAGAGGACAGUACUAUAGUACUAUUCUAUAUUACUACAGCACGAUACUGCUACUAGGAUACUAUACUACUGGGUACUAUUGUAAUAUACUACUGCUAUACUACUAGGGUACUGUAGUAUUAGGCUACUACUACUACACUGCUAGGGUACUAUAGUACUAUACUACUAGGGUGCUAUAGUACUAUACUACUAGGGUACUAUAAUACUACUGUGGUAUACUGUUACACUACUGGGGUACUAUAGUAUUAUACUACUUGAGUACCCAAGUAGUGCAGUAGUAGUGUAGUACCACAGUAUCCUAGUAGUAGUAUAGAAUGAUAGUACCCUAGUAGUACAGGGUACUGUAGUAAUAUACUACUGUACUACUCGGCUACUGUACUACUAGUAUACUAUACUACUUCAAUACUAGGGUACAAUCGUACUAUACUAGAAACACCUGUCCUACACCUUCCUGACAUUAGCCAUCUAUUUUAGCCCAGGCAGAAGAACAGCGAUUGGAUUAACCCAUAGGUGCUUCCCUGCUGAUCAACAUACAUACCUUCAGCCCUUCUGAUCAACAUGCAUACCUUCAGCCCCUGCUGAUCAACAUGCAUACCUUCAGCCCCUACUUAUCAACAUGCAUACCUUCACCCCUACUGAUCAACAUGCAUACCUUCAGCCCUACUGAUCAACAUGUAUACCUUCAGCCCUACUGAUCAACAUGUAUACCUUCAGCCCUACUGAUCAACAUGCAUACCUUCAGCCCUACUGAUCAACAUGCAUAACUUCAGCCCCUACUGAUCAAAAUGCAUACCUUCAGCCCCUGCUGAUCAACAUGCAUACCUUCAGCCCUACUGAUCAACAUGCAUACCUUCAGCCCCUACUGAUCAACAUGCGUACCUUCAGCCCUACUGAUCAACAUGUGUACCUUCAGCCCCUACUGAUCAACAUGCAUACCUUCAGCCCUACUGAUCAACAUGCAUACCUUCAGCCCUACUGAUCAACAUGCAUACCUUCAGCCCUACUGAUCAACAUGCAUACCUUCAGCCCCAACUGAUCAACAUGCAUACCUUCAGCCCCAACUAAUCAACAUGCAUACCUUCAGCCCCUGCCCAAAGCCAAGGAGGUGGGAUAUUGUAUUAUGUUCCUGUUUAUUUUUCUGUGCCAAAUAUAGUUUGGUUUCAUGCUAACCCAAAUGGCCAAUGGAUGAGGACUAAAGCCAGAGUAGAAAUGUACUGCAGAUAUACAAAAACAGAGAGUUGAGCUUGGGCAGGUCAUCCUCCACCCUACCUGACCACCCUCCACCCUACUUGACCACCCUCCAACCUACCUGACCACCCUCCAACCUACCUGACUACCCUAUACCCUACCCGACCACCCUCCACCCUACCUGACCACCCUCCACCCUACUUGACCAGACUCCACCCUACCUGACCACCCUCCACCCUACCUGACCACCCUCCAACCUACCUGACUACCCUAUACCCUACCUGACCACCCACCCACUCUACCUGACCACCCUCCACCCAACCUGACCACCCUCCACCCUACCUGACUCCCCUCCACCUUGCCUGACUACCCUAUACCCUACCUGGCCAUCCUCCACGCUAUUUGGCCACCCUAUACCCUACCUAACCACCCUACCUGACCACCUUAUACAGUACCUGACCACCCUCCACCCUACCUGACCACCCUA